GGUAAUACGUUGCUACAAAGAAUAGAGACGAUAACAACGAACGUAUUUUCCUCAAAAGGCCUUUUUGGCUGUCGAAAAAAGCUGUAUUACCGAAGAUUUUCGCAUAUAUGACGCAAUAACAUGGAGCUUCAAGUUACCUCUGGAAUCGGUGAUUGGCUUACUUGCGAGUUAAGAUGUUUUGCUUACUGGGACUGCGGACAAAUGAAAUGUAAAUGAUUGAAUGAAUUCUUCAUUUUGCUGAACUCCAUUCCCUGCAAAAUCAAGACUAUUUGCGAAGAAGAACCUGAAAUGUUGAAGGCAAAAGCGUUAUUUUCCAGCCUUAUUUCCCACAAAAGUUCAAACGCAGAAGAAGAACAAGAAUCUGCAUUCACUGAAGAAGCUGUACAAUCUGGCCAGCUGAAGGCGAAGCGAGCAGGUUUCCGUUCGACAAGAAGCAAAUCUGAGACUAGUGCUGUCCGUGCGGACGGCAAUACCGCUCGCUAUCUUUCAUGGGAAAAUGUGUCCUUCCUAGGGCAGGAGUUAAGAAAGACCGUUAGCAGAGGAUUUCAGUGGAUAGCCUCCCCUUCCCUUGAUAGCGAAAUGUCGGUGAAAGUUAAAAGAAAACCACCAGAAGGAACUAAGGAGUAUCUGGUUGAUGCAACUGACACCUUGGCGAAGAUUGCUCUCUCAUUUGAUACUACGCCUUCUGAGUUGACCAGAAUUAACAAGCUUGCCUCGCGUAUGCUUUUUCCAGGACAGACACUUUUUGUACCAGACAAGAGACUGGAAGCAAGUAAUUCUGCAGGAGAGCCAUCUUCUUCACUGCCUGUUACAAACCCCCCACAGCCUUUACUAACAAAGGAGAAUGGAAAUAUGCGCAAUGGUGAACAUGAAACUGUCAAACUGACUAAAGAUGUGUCAUGGGAGGAAGAGGAAGAGGAAGUGACUGAGCAUUACCUCAAGAUUUAUGCCAAAUAUAUCACUGAUGGCCAGGGUAUCGCAAAUGGUGUUUUACUGAUCACACCACACUCUGUCAUGUUCAAGCCUAAUGUGUCUGACCCGCUUGUGAUGGACAGGGGUCAAGACACGUACAGCAUAGCCACACUCAUGACAUCAGUCACAAGUGCCGCAAUGUAUACAGACAUUGCUGCUAUGGCAAUCCAUGAUCCCUUAAAACCCGGCAGGUUUUAUUUAGAUGCUGCAACUGCACAGACAUUGAGUCGUCAAAAUAGCUCUACAAGUGAUACAGAAACAGCAUCUUCUUUGUGUAAAAGUUGCGGUGAAGUUUCUACUAAUCUCAAUGAGAUCACUGAACCAUCACUCUCCUCACAGGAGGAUAAAGUCAAACACUUGAAAAGUGAAAGCCAGACCCCUGACUUUGCACAGAGUUGCAUGUGUAAUGCUGUAAAUGGUUCCCCAGCAGUGGAUGAUGAAGGCAUAAAAAAUGUUAUACAUGAAGUGCUCAAUAGUAUUAUAGAUCAAAUAGCGGAAUGCCAGGAUAAGCAUGUGGGGGAAAAGAUAGCCAAAUCUAAAGGAAGUCCAAUGCUUAUGCAAGAAAAUCUCAUGAGCAGAGAUAUUCACUCAGUGUCGCCAGUAUCAGAAGAUUCUGGCAUUGGAUGCUCUCUGAGCCAUGCAGAUGAUGGUAAAGCUGAAGAUGCAGACCUCACUGAACACUUGGAGCACAGACACAACAACCAGGUCAAUGAUUCUGCUGUAAUGCAGGCUUCAAGUGACAGUGCAAAAACUGAAUGCGAUGAAAAUCAAUCAGCUCACCCUCAUGAGGACUCUGAAGGGUUUGGACUUGAUCACCCAAGCUCAUCCUCACUAUUUGCUGCUUUAAGUAGUAAUGUGAAAUACUGGCUUGGCCAAGGAACUUAUGGUAAACAUGAACGACAUGGUAGUGAGAGUGAUGAUGACAAUACACAUAUAGUGCCAAAGCCUGCAGCCCCUUUGAACCACCAGCCCCUCUAUCUGUGCUUGAGAAUCAGUAAGAAACACUGGUGUCGUCAUCACAGUGCCCCAGGUAAAAUACUGCAGCAAGGAGAAGAGCUUCAUGAUCGAGAUCAGAAACGGAGAGAGUUCUGGUUUGCUAUCCCACCAUCAAGAACAGAACAAGUUUACAGGUUCUUUCAGCAGUGGUGCCCCAAUAUCCACAAUGCGACAGAUGAAGAAAGUGAUGAUGACAUAGCUUCUCCAGGAUGUUGUGCGGCGGAUGAAGAGGGCUUACAUUUGGUGGAGACAUUUUAUUCCAAUAGUCCCCCAACUCAUUCACAUCCCAAAAUCUCUAGAGCAUUCAGUGACAGUGACGUGCUCAAAGUGAAGAAAGGUUUACGCGGAUUUACAACAAAACCUGGAAAAGCUACGAAAGUUAUGACAAGGCCUAAGCCAUCACCUGACUUUAUUGAAGACCUUCUACCAGACAUGGAUACCAAGUCUGAAAUCCUUAGUGAAGAGCAUCUGAGAACAUUAAAUAUCAACCUUCCCUCGAGGACUAUUGGUCACUGCUGGGUGCUGGUAUACAGUACAUUUCAACAUGGCUUCUCGCUCAAGACGCUGUACAGGAAGAUGGAGUUUUAUGAUACCCCGGUGCUGCUUGUGGUUAUGGAUGAUGCACACCAGAUCUUUGGUGCACUUUGUUCUUGUCCACUGAAAGUCAGUGAAGGGUUUUAUGGCACUGGAGAAUCCUUUCUGUACAAGUUUGAUCAGAAUGUCAUACAGUCGUUCGGAUGGUCCGGUGACAACCACUUUUUUAUCAAGGGGUCCAAAGACAGCUUGGCUAUCGGUAGUGGAGGUGGAAACUUCGGUCUGUGGCUGGAUGAAGACCUGUAUCACGGCAGCAGUCAUCCCUGUACCACAUACAACAACGUACAGCUGUCCUCGCGCGAAGACUUCCUGUGCAGUGGACUGGAAGCGUGGACGUUCGUCUAAUCCUCCACCCCACCCCACCCCCCAAAAGAACACUCCACUUAUCGCCGUGUCUUGUCGUAGAGACAAGUCAUUGAGCGGAUAUGAAGGCUUCAGAGCCCUCAGCCACAUUGAUCACGUGAUAUCACUGAAUUGGUGGCAAAGAUUAACUUAAAUUAAAGUAAACAUGACGUAAAUUUUCCAAUGUAAGAUCGAUAGGCACGAUUUCAGACACGAUUUCUGUGAUAGAGUCUCAGUGCUACAGGUCGUUGAUACCGUGAACGUCUACAAGGUAUCUGAAUACGUUGCUCCACCCCUGCGGACACCCGGCUAUUAUUAGUUCCCGCUGUUAGAGCUUACUAAGUUCAAACCCUCGCUUUGGUUUGUCAUCAAUUUGUCGAGCGCUCUGUGCAAAAUUGAACAUUGGGAGAUUCAUUUUGUCCGGCCCAAGCUCGAUGAGAAUUGAAGAGAACACCUAAUGUAAAUUUUAGCCUUGGACUCUCGACGACUGUUGUUCCCGAAGGUGUUCUUAAUGGCAGAGGCUAGUUGUAUUCAAGUGGUUUUCUGUAUCUGGACUGCGUGCUUGAAGAAUAAUUCAGUCUGACAGUGAUAUUAGCUAAAAUUAAUCUUCGUAAUACCUUUCGUAACUAAUCAGCUCUUUCUUAUAGUUUAACCAGCUGGUAACCACACUUGGUACACGUUAAGAGAUUCGACUGGAACUUUACCCUGCCCUGAUUUAAACUAACAUUUUCAAAUUGCGUCGCUCGAAGUGCGUUCUACAAGCCUUCUCCAAUCUCAACCAUCCUUUUUUCUCUAUCGUUAGUGUUUGUCUUCCCAGGAAACCAUUUCUUAGCGGUCUUCUUCGGAUUAAACGUAGUCUUGUUCAUCGGAAAAACUAACGGUCUGAUAUCUCGUCUACAUUUGGCAGCGACUUGACCCACUAUGGACUAGUGGAGUAUACUGCCGCUUACAUUGAUAGCCAGUAUUCUGUGAUUAAAGGAGUUAAGUCACGGUUGGCGCGUAUUGAAAAGUUUAGCCUCAAUUUUUCAAAUUCGUCGUUUGUAAUCCGUGGAAAUCUUCUCCAUCCUUAGCCAU